CGGAAGAGGAACGACUUCUUAAAAAUAUUAAUAUAAAAAUCGGAAAGAAAAAUUUCUAUGGAAGCUCGAGUUUCCAACCUUUUGCCAUGGUUUUUGGUGGCUGUAGCCAUUUUUUGGAGCUGGCAACUAAAUGUCUUGGCACUGCCGAAGGUCGAACCUCGCCAUAAAACCUGUGACAAUGAGCAGCGAUAUGAAAACCAGGUGAUGUGCGAGGACAAGGAUUUUGGGGCUUUGGUUCCUUAUCCGGACAAUUGUAGUCUGUUCCUGGUGUGCGAUUGUCUCUAUCCUACGGUCAAAUUGUGUCCAGCCAAUCUGUGGUGGGAUAACCAGACUCAGCAAUGCAAUUUCCCACAAGCCGUGGAGUGUAUUUACUAUACGAUUGAAACGCCUGAGCCCACGAGUGGAACUACACGAAUAACCCAAGUGCCAACAACCAGCACUAAAAAGAUAACCGAAGAAACUUCAACCACUCCCUCAAGUAAUUAUCCAACUACCGAAUCAACAGGAGGAACAACCCCAAAAACAACUCAAGUGCCAACAACCAGUACUGAAAAGAUAACCACAGAAAGUACUGCCAAUACUGAAGAACCUUCGACCACUCCCUCAAGUAACUAUCCAACUUCUAGUUGGGAUCCACCGCCUGCACCACCUGGAAUUCCAGACGACUACUGUCGUGAAUACGAAGAUGGAUCGCUACAUCAUUAUCCCUAUAACUGCCAGGCCUACAUUAACUGUACUCAUGGCUGGCCCGUGCUGAAUUAUUGUAUUGAUGAUAAGGUUUUCAAUCAGUAUCUGCUCAUUUGCGAUACCCCCGAUCAAGCUGAGUGCGAGGAGUUGCCCCUACCCACAACCACCACCACCACCACCGAAAUACCGCCCACUUCGACCACUGAGGAGGAUGUGACAUGCGGUGCAACGCCAGAGGGUAUAGAGGAGGAUUAUUGUAUGCCAAAAGCGAAUGGUUUCUAUGAGUAUCCCUACAAUUGCAGUGGCUACUUGGCCUGCAAAAAUGGUUGCACAGACCUGGAUUACUGCCAGCCAGAUAAACUCUUUAAUACAUGGCUCCACAUUUGCGAUACGCCCGAUUCCGUAUGGUGUGAUCCAAUGCCGUUUCCUACAACACCAGGAACGACUGGAAAACCGACGACUCCUUCAAUCACUACAACUGCCUCAACUGAAGGGUCUUCCACAACGGGAAGUUAUACCAGUACCACAGAAGAGAUCAUAAGCACUACACCUGGCCUUCCCCCAGAUGUUGAUCCAAAUGAUUGUAAGGGCUUACCUGAUGGCACAAUUUUCGCCUACAUUAGAAAUUGCUCCGAGUAUCUGAUUUGUCAAAACAAUCAAGUGGAAAUGGGUCGUUGUCCUUCUCCAUUGCUCUUCAAUCCCGACUGGCUUGUAUGCGACAACCCGGAUGAUGUUGUGUGCCUGGCAGAUCGCACCACCACACCGAUUCCCACCACCAAGCCGACCACAACCACUGAAGUAACCACUCCCACAACGACGACCACCACAGAAGCCACAACAUUGGGACCUGAUCAGCUUUGCCAAGGUCAAGAGUUGGGAGCUUCCUUUCCUUAUACCGAAGAUUGCAGCAAAUAUUAUCUAUGUUUGGGCAAUGGAAUAUGGAGUCUGGCACCCUGUAUAUAUUCCAGCUACUUCGAUCCCAAGACAGGCGAGUGUGGACCUAAUGUGUCACCCGAUGCUUGCAAAGCCCCACAAGUUACCACCACCACAACGACUACAGAGGCAACCACAACUGAAAGGAUAACCACCCCGAGACCUACAACCCAGGAAACUUCAACUACUGAAAAGCAAACCACAACUUCGGCUCCAACCACAGGAAUUUGUGGGGGUCGAAAUGAAAACGAGAAUAUUGCUUAUCCCGAAAAUUGCAACAAGUACAUUGUUUGCGUUUCACCAAUUCCAAUAGCCUUCUUUUGUCCCGAGGAUACAUUCUUCAGUUCGAAAUUACAGAAGUGCGUUGAAAGUUGGGAGGAGAGUGAUUGUGAAGGAGAUCAGAGCACUACUACUCCAGAGCCAGGCUAUACACGACCACCUCCGGAACCCACUAUGUGCACAAAUAGCAGUCGACAUACUUUCCCGUAUCCGGAGAACUGUCAGUGGUUCAUACGCUGUGUGGAUGACUAUAUUUACAUGAUGGACGUCUGCAAUUGUGGGGAGUACUACGAUCCUAUAUCGGAAAAAUGUGGGCCGGAUGUUCCAUCAGAUGCAUGCCGAUGGGAUUACACCUCAACGACUUCUACUACCAGUGAGCCGACCACGACCACUGCGGUUACGAGACCACCACCACAAAAAGGACCCUGUGAUGAUGCUGAAGACGGAGCCCUGGUCCCCUAUCCCAACGACUGCUCAAAGUAUAUCAAGUGCGAUAGACCUAUUGCAGAGGCCUUCGAGUGCGAAGAAGGGGAUGAGUUUAGUGUGGAUUUAGAAAAGUGUGUGGAUGCUUCCUUGGCAAACUGUUCGAUUACAACUACUGCAAAGCCCUCGGCAUCGACGACGACUCCAUCUGAAGGGGAUUCGUCAUCAAGCACUACUGAACCAACAACGGAACCUUCUACUAUAUCAACAACUGAAUCGUCUACAAUAUCUUCCACGGAAUCGACCACUGAACUGUCUACAGAAUCAACGACAGAAUUAUCCACUAUAUCUUCUACUGAGUCGACCACCGGAACAACUACUGAAGAUCCUACGGAAUCUACAAGAAUAUCAACCACCUCCGAGCCAGAAUCUUCUUCAACGGUACCGGGGACAACUACAACACACUCGACUACAGCAAAGCCUUCACAGGGCAUUUGUGAAGGCAAGACGGACGACUCUAUGGUGCCCUACCCUAGAAACUGUAGCAAGUAUAUAAUGUGCCAAUAUCCGAUACCCGUUGGUUACGACUGUCCUGAUGGUUUGGAAUUCAGUCCAACGGAACUGACGUGCAUGGAUCCCGAGCUUGCCGGUUGUAGUCCCAAGCUAACAUCUCCUGGAUUGACAACUUUAGCCCCGACAUCACCUUCGACAACGGAAUCGACAACAAUUACAACAACUCCACAGACAACUACCACAGAGUCAACAACCGUUACAACAACUCCUAAGACAACUACUACUCACGAAACUUCUACCACAGAAUUCCCAACAUCAUCUUCUACAACGGAACCCACAACAGCCUCAACAACUCCAAGAACAACCACUACCACCGAAUCUACAACUUACCCUUCCACAACGGAAUCAACAACAGAUUCAACAACUCCCAUGCCAACUACCACUGAAUCAACUACCGUUACAACAACACCUCAGACAACUUCUACAGAAUCAACAACAGACUCAACAACUCCCAUGCCAACUACCACGGAAUCAACAACUCCGAAGACAACUACAACAGACUCAACAACAGUUUCAACAACGACAGAGUUAACAACAACAACUUUGGCGCCUCCUACAACUCUCGAUCCGUACACCCCCAAUAUUUGUUGCGGCCAACCCCUGGGAACUCUGCUUGCCUAUCCCAAUGAUUGCAGUCGUUAUGUCGUAUGUGAUUAUCCCAUUCCAUAUGCGGUAGACUGCGAAGAGGGAACGGUAUACGAUGAGAAACUUCUUCGGUGCGCAGCUAUGUCAAAUGAGAGGUGCCUUCUAAUGCAAUUUUAAAAAAUAUAUAUUAAACAAAAAUUAGACACAGCUAUACUGAGCCUAGAAGCGCCUAUUAUUUCCAUGUAUAACAUUUUGUGUCAAUAAAAAAGAAAACAUUAAGAUUUUCGA